AUAAACAGGCCAAGGUCCUCUUUUCUCUUCAUUUUGUGGUGCUCAAGAGGGUUUGUUCCAUACAAGAAAACCUAGAAUUUUUUCAACGAAGAACAAGAUACAGCCUUCACAACUUCAGAGACGCCCAAAUCUUCUCUCUACUUCUGUCUCUCUGUUCUUCUAUUUUCUUUCUUUUCCUUUUCACACACCUCUUAUCUUCGUCAUCUUAUCUUUAUCUUUUCGUAAUCGGCGAUGGAUCCAUAUUAUAUGGUUUCUUCAAUCAUCGAGCUUCGCAAAGGAUUUGGAAUAAUGAGCUUGUCCAAUCAAGGGGCUUCCGCCAUUGACAAAAAGCUUAUCACAACAGGGAAAACAAUACGUUUAAAUCCAGAUGCAGCAGAAUUUGUUCCAUUUGCUCUAAGAUCACCUUCUGCAAGUGUUGCUGCUCCGGAUGCAUCUUCAAGUUUUGGAGAAGAAGAUCCUCAAGGAAUCAAUACACUUCCUUUCUCAACCUUAUCUUUAGCAGAUGUCAAUGAAACAAACGGAAGUAGCUUUACCAAAAAGAUGGGGUAUCCCAUUUCAUCUUCCUCAGCUAGUUUUCAUCCUGCUAAACCCUGGGACAUUCAUGGUGAUCAGCUACACAAUGGGCCUUCCUACAAUGGUGAUCCUGUCCAUGGGUACCUAGAUGAUAUGCUUAAUGAGCAACAGAUGGAAGAUGUUUAUUUUGCAAAUGGAGGCGACUUGAAUUUGACAAUUGAGAUGCUUACUCAGCUUGAGCUUCAAGUAGAUGGUGGUGGUUUAAAUCAGAAUCUAAACUCAAAGGCUCUAUCUUCUCCAAAUCUUAGUGCUAUGGAUUUUCCUGCACUUUCUCCUACAGAUGAUCAAAAUGGUGUCCAACAGCAUAUUAAUCCUUAUCGUCCUUUAGAGAAAGAGAACUUGCUGAUGUUCAAAUCUUCAUCAGAAACCCUUCUCAAGAUUCCACCAUUGGAUCAAGUAGAAGCUCUCAUGUCUUGGCCAGUGCUUAUAAUGGCGGUGGACAUGGAAGGGUCAGUUAUGGAGAUAGAUUGGGUGGCCGGAGUUCAAACCGCUCAGCCCCUGUUUGGGCUUGAAACUGGAGAUGCUGUUGCAAAUAUGUAUUCUGAGAUGCGUGGUGAAGCUCGUGAUCAUGCACGUCUACGCAAUGCAUACUUUGAACAGGCUAGACAAGCUUACCUUGUUGGAUACAAGGCUUUAGCAAAGGAACUAAGUGUGAAGGGUCAACUACACAACAUGCAAAUGAAGGCUGCUCAUGGAAAAGCUCAAGAAUCCAUAUAUCGUCAAAGGAAUCCAGUGAGUCCAAGCAUGCAAGGAAGAGGGGGAGGGGGAGGAGGAGGAGGAUCACAGGAAAGGCUGAUAGACCUUCAUGGGCUGCAUGUCACAGAAGCGAUUCAUGUCCUGAAACGAGAUCUCACAAUGCUGAGAAACGUUGCCAGAGAUACCUGCUUGAAGAAGAGGGGCUUGACUACUCUGAGCCUCAGCCUGGGCUCCUUCGGGUCCUGCUAUAUUGAAGACAACACCAGCCACCAGGAGGGAGGGAGGAUUCGUUGCUUAUUUUUUGUUAACUCAACUCAACUGUACUAUUUUUCCAAAAAUCAGUCAUUUGUUCUUGGGAAUCAUGUUGAAAGUGGUUAUCUUAUUAAUCAUAUUUGA